AAUUCUACUAUGUACAUUCGCCAUUUUCAACGCUCUGUGGCGGCUCGGGAAUAAUUAUAAGCCGCGCGGUCCACUUUCAUGGUCAAUUGUACGCCGAACGCUGCACGGAACAGUUAGUACAAAUAAGCUGUCGAAUUAAACAUAGAAGUUGUUUCUACAUUUACUUAAAAAGUUUGUGUCAAGUGUAAAAGUUAAAAAAAAUUUUAAUAACUAAUUGAAGAUUUUUUUUGAAAAAAAAAAUCCAAAAAUGUUUGCAUGGAAGUUGUGGUCCAUGAUUUGGUUGUUGUGUCUACAUUCUACAUUGCAAAAUGAGAUGGAUAAUGACGAUUUGAAUCACAAAUUAAGAGGCAUCAUCCAAUGGAAAUAUGAGAAACGUCCAUUUUGCAAUGCUUUUACAGGUUGUGGUAAAAAGCGCUCAUCUCCCCCUUACCCUUUAUGGAAACGAGCUGACUUGGAUGAUGUCAAAAUGUAUAACAACGAAGAUAUGUCGGAAGGACUAAGCGAUCUCAUCGAUAUAAAUGCCGAGCCGGCCGUGGAAAAUGUACAAAAACAAAUUAUGUCGCAAGCCAAGAUAUUUGAGGCCAUCAAGGAGGCGAGCAAAGAGAUAUUCCGUCAGAAAAAUAUACAGAAACAGCGACAGCGCGAAACAAAUCCAGAAGCCAUCGAGAGAGUUUAGGCGAA